UUCGUUAAAGUGUUUUGGCUUCAUCAACAUCUCAAUUCACAGACACAGAGCUUAUUCACUCUCUUGUCAGGUCUCUGUAAUUCCUACAAACUACAACUUGGAAACCAAUCCGUAGAGGUAAAUAUAUACUUACAACUUUUUCUUCUGCAGUUUGAUCUUUGCUUCACAGUUUUGCUACUGUUGUGACAGAUUUUGUCAAGCAAGAAGGCACUAUUAAAAAAUCAUCUUCUACCGUUUCACAACAUGAGAUCCUUGGAACUGCAAACGCGUUUCAACAGACACAAUGUUCAAACACUGUCAUGUCUGUUCAAGAGCUGUCCACUGCUAAACAUACUUAUCCUCAAAAUCAUUAAUGAUCAAACAAGUGAAAGAAGGCAAUGGAAUAAGGACUUGUGGGAUAGGUCUAACUCAGAGAUUCAGUACUGGGAGUCUCAAACCUAUGAAUUGGAAUCUUUGAACCACUUGGAAUUUGUGGAGAUUCACGGAUUCUUAGAGUGUGAGAAUGAAAUGAGCCUCGCAAUGUUUCUGCUGAGACAUGGAAAGGCUUUGAUCAAGAUGACGCUUCGAUCUAGUUUCCUCUGUAGAGACUCUCUCCGGAGACAAAUGAUAAGGUCACAGCUAACGGGAUUCUCCAUGGCUUCUUCUAAAGCCAAAAUCUCAUUCCAAUGACAGUUUCUGCAUAAUCUAUG